CCCCAAGUUCAACUAUCCCGCCAAAAAAUUUAGGUUGUCGCUGCAAAAUCAAGUUCACCGGCUGCAAAAGGUCUCGAAGCUAUACAUCAAAUUGCUCAUAGAUACAAAACCAUUCAACGCAAGCCUCCGAUUUCGCACGAUUGUCACGACGAUUUGAAGAAUCAGAUCUUUGUCCCUUCUCUCGAGAAUUUUCAAGAUGACGGAGGAGCAAGAAUUUCCGGCGUUUCCGUACGAGCCGUAUCCUAUCCAGAUCGAUUUCAUGAAGGCGCUCUAUCAGUCUCUGGAGAAGGGAGGCGUCUCCAUGCUGGAAAGCCCCACCGGGACUGGAAAAACUUUGAGCAUUAUCUCCAGUGCCUUGCAAUGGGUUAUUGAUCGUAAGGCAAAGGAAAGAUCAGGAGUGACAAGUUCCGAUAGGGUUGAUGCGAAUAAUGGUAAGGCUUGCUCCGACGAUGAGCCUGAUUGGAUGAGGGAUUUCACGGUCAACAAAAACGACAAUGCCCAUGAGAACAACUUCAAGAACACCAAGUCCCCAUUUCGCUUGAGAAAACAUGCGAAUAAAAGAGUUUCUGAUGGUGAUCUCUUCCUUUCUGAUCCCAAGGUGGAUGAUCUGGAUUCAAAGAAGCAAAGGGAUGAAUUUGUGAACAAGAAUCAUGAUACUGGAUUGAAUGACGAAGAAUUCUUAUUGGAAGAAUAUGAAAGCGAAGAGGAAUCAUUUAGAGGGGAAAGGAAGUCAAAAAGAAAGUCUCGGGGAGCUUUUGACAGUUCAUCAGGUGAUGAGGUUGACGAAGAAGGAGGGUCUGAUGAGGAAGAUGAGGGAUUGAAGGUUUUCUUUUGCAGCCGAACACAUUCUCAGCUUUCGCAAUUUGUAAAGGAGUUGAGGAAGACUGUCUUUGCCAAUGAAAUAAAAGCUGUGUGUUUGGGCUCACGAAAGAAUUUAUGUAUAAAUGAAGAUGUCUUGAAGCUCGGGAACGCAGUCCGAAUAAACGAGAGGUGCUUGGAGUUGCAAAAGAAAAAGAGGCCUGACAUCUCUAAAUUGAAGAAUUUAGGGACCAAUGGAAGGAUACGCCGAACUAAGGCUUACCUUGGAUGCCCAAUGCUUAGAAAACAUAAACUACAGAGAGAAUUCAAGAAUGAAAUUUCUCAAAAAGGAGUAAUGGACAUUGAGGAUCUUGUUCAGCUUGGACGAGGAAUGGGAACUUGUCCAUACUAUGGUUCUAGAAGGAUGCUUCCUGCCGCUGACCUUGUUGUUCUUCCAUAUCAGUCUCUUCUGUCAAAGCCAUCCCGAGAAUCUCUUGGCCUAAAUUUAAAGAAUAAUAUUGUCAUAAUAGAUGAGGCUCACAAUUUGGCUGACACUCUCAUCAGCAUGUAUGAUGCGAAAAUUACAUUGUCACAGCUGGACACUGUACAAUGCAGCAUAGAGAAGUACCUUGGCCGAUUCCGCAAUCUGUUGGGGGCUGGAAACCGUAGAUAUAUCCAGACUCUGUUGGUUCUCACCCGAGCUCUCCUCAAACCUCUAGCCAAUGACGAUAAUUUGAAUUCUGUAAAUGAUGUUCAAGACACAGAAAAUCUCUCCGCAAGCAAGUCUUCUGGUGAUAGUGCAAUGGCUAUAAAUGACUUUUUAUUUUCUCUGAACAUAGACAAUAUCAAUUUGGUCAAGUUGCUCCAGUAUGUAAAGGAAAGCAAUAUCAUUCACAAGGUAAGUAGUUAUGGGGACAGAGUUGCCAUGCUGCAGAAAGAUUCAGCAACACAUGAGGAAAUGAGCACAUCAACAAGUUUUAGAGCGUUUAGCGAUAUGUUGCUGGCACUCACUAACAACAAUGGUGAUGGCCGGAUAAUAAUCUCAAGACAACAAGGAGGGCACCUAAAAUAUGUAAUGCUUACUGGAGAGAAGAUAUUCUCAGAGAUAGUGGAUCAAGCCCACGCUGUCGUAUUGGCUGGCGGAACUCUUCAACCCAUAGAAGAGACAAGGGAACGUCUGUUUCCAUGGUUACCAUCUAAUCAGCUGCAAUUCUUCUCAUGUAGUCACAUUGUGCCACCUGAGAGUAUAUUGCCUAUUGCAGUUUCACAUGGUCCAUCUGGCCGCUCUUUCGACUUUUGCUACAGCUCAAGGAGUUCCAUGAUACAGGAGUUAGGGCUCUUAAUUAGUAACUUGGUAGCAGUUGUUCCCGAAGGAAUUAUCAUCUUCUUCUCUUCCUUUGAGUAUGAAAGUCAGGUGUACUGCGCGUGGAAUACCUCAGGCAUCCUGAAAAGAAUAAUGAAGAAAAAGCUAGUAUUCAGAGAACCCAGAAGAAACACUCAGGUGGAAGUAGUUCUCAAUGAAUACAGGGAAGCAAUUGAUAGGCUAUCAAAUGCAUCGACAGGAAGCCAAAACGGUGCAAUAAUGCUAGCCGUGGUUGGUGGAAAAGUAUCUGAAGGCAUCAACUUCAGCGACAGUAUGUGCCGUUGUGUAGUCAUGGUUGGUCUGCCAUACCCCAACCCGUCUGAUAUAGAGUUGCUAGAAAGAAUAAAGCAUAUAGAAGGUCUUGGGGAUUUAGAUUCGGCUAAAUCAUCAACGAGUUUGGUUUGUGAAUCCCACUAUGGUGAAGAUGUCCAGGCCGGAUUUGACAUAUUAAGAACCUGCAAACGCAGAGGAAAAGAGUACUAUGAAAAUCUCUGCAUGAAAGCUGUUAACCAGUCUAUUGGUAGGGCAAUCAGACACAUAAAUGACUAUGCAGCAAUUUUGCUGGUAGAUGCACGCUAUUCAGAUGAUCCAUCAAAAAGAACAUCAUCACACCCGAGGAACAAACUCCCACUAUGGAUAAAAGAUUGCCUAGUUUCUUCAACCAAAGGCUACGGAGAGGUUCACAGGCUGUUGCAUCAAUUCUUCAGACACAGAAACAGAGGCAACUAGUGAACUUCAUCAGAAACCAAUCCACAUUGGUAGAAACUUCUCUCACGCUUCAAGGGCGCCUAAUGGAUUUGGUAUCCUUGUUUCUUCAGACAUUCACAAAUGCCUUGGUAGAGAAUGUGCCAUGGGAGUAAGGUCAACAAACGUAUGGAGGACAUCUAUGAUCCGAGGGUAUCGUUCACAGUGACAAGAUGAAGCACUUAGAUAAAGGUGGGUGGGAAUAUGAUAAACAAUUCCGAGCAUAUACGAGGAGGAACAAGAUGACGAAGGCAAAUUCUGAAGAAACACGGAGGGAUUGAGGCAGCAGGGUGCGACGCAGGGGAAAGAGGGAGAGAGGGCAGGAGGCCGCAGGAAUCAGUGGGCAAGCGAAGGUUUCUAUGCAGGAUAUUAUUCUGUCUGUUAUGUUCGUGUGUGUUUUUAAUUUGCUUUGCAGGUCUUGGGUUGUCACAUGCCACAUCAGUAGCUUGUUGCUGCAUGGGGCUAUAAGUAGCUACGUUUAUGUUUUUGGGAGGGUAUCUGGAAUAUUAUCUGAGUGGUGGCUCUCUCUAAUCAAGCAUUCAAAAGUUGUUCUUCCUU